AUGGUUGUUUCAACAUUAAUUUUAAAAAAUCAAAAUGGUAUUCAACAAUCACAACAACACGAAUAUCUACCAUUUCCAAUUAUAAAAAAUAUAUUUGAUUUCUAUUUCAAUAAUGAGGUUCACUACAGAAUUUCUCAGUUGGGUAGAUUGUCAGACCGUUUCCUCUACCAUAAGCUUGCUCCCAUCGCACAGCUGUCACAUCGUUACUUUGAUUUGGUGAGUGAACGCUAUGUCGUAAGAUGUAUUCGUAAACAACUCCACAGAAAUACUAGUAUUUUUGCAUUAUCGAUUUUCGAGGUGGGAUGGCGUUGGGAAGUUCCUGGUUUGGUAGUUCCAGAUGAGUUUGCAGUCGUCUAG